GUGUGGACGGGGCGAAUAAGCUUGACCAAUCAGACGAUCGUAACGCUAACGAAUCAGCUGUCUGUUGUAGGGUGACUGGAAUGUUGAGUUUAGAAAAUUGAACGCGGGAAGAUGGAGCCGAGGAGGUUUCGAGGCGAAUCAGAAAUCGACCGAACUUUUGAUGCAGUGUAUCGGUCUUUAAUAGGAAAUGGAGAUCACAGUGGAAACGGUCUUUGGCACAAAGGAAAAUGCUGUACAGGAUUUUCCCAGUCAAGUCAUUGUUUGUCUUUUCACAAAAGUAGAAUAACUUCAACUAAAAUAACACAAGAAAAAAUUACACUAACUUUGUCAGAUAAUGCCUGUAUCACGGACGAGAAGUUACCUGAGGCAGAAAAUACCACAUUGGCAGACUGCAAGCUGAAAAUGAAGACUCGGUAUGUUCAUGAGAAGUUAAAUCAGGGUGCAAACGAUACAAUCUUUCAACAAGAUUUUGUAAAUCAGAGUAAUCUGGAUUCUGGAUUCCAAGAUCUCCUGGAGACAUCCAACAGAAGACAGGAACAAAACUCUCCAAUUUAUACUCCGGGAGAGAACACCUGUAAUACAAGUGUCACUACGUUCCUUGAAGACGAUGGGAAGCAACAACUAUUAUGUAAAGCUUGUCAAAAUCUUCAAAACAAAGUCAGGAAAUACAAGUCUGCUGGAGUGAAAGUAUUUAAAAUCUUUGACCCCAACCACUGGUGUUGUGACUACUGGAUGUUAAACAGAAUUCGACAUAAAGACAACACAGACAGAUUAAAAAGCAUAAGGAACUUGAAGAAAACGCUAAAGACCCUGAUAGCACUUAGACUCGACCAUCUCAAAAGGACUGAACAAGCUUCUUUGAAAUGUAUCCGACCCCACUCAUUUCUGCAGAGAAAUCUUCGCUUAUGCAAAAGGACACACCAUAGACACUGCAAUUCAAAACCACAGCGGAAGAGCAAGUCUAGGUUGAGAUCGAAAGGAAAGACAGACAAAAAUGGAGUGGAACAAAAUGCAAAAGCAAAAAAACAUUAUUUCCUUGGAGACAGUUCAAGCCAGGAGGAGGAUGAUUACGAUUUACACAGACAUGUGAAAGUACACAAAGGGAAAGGCAGAGAUGGAAAUCAGAAACUAGUGAAUCAAGGUAACACCACUCGCUCUCUGGCUGGAACUCAAUUUUUAGAGACCACUUCAACAAGAAAGAAUUGGUUGCUUCGAUCUGAGGUGUCUUCACAAAAGAACAUUGUUCCAAUCUUCUCACUCGAUGUGGAUGAAAGUGGAGUGGAUUCUGAUGACUCUUUUCACAUAGAACCAAUACCAAAUGCCACAGGAGUUAUUGAGAAUGAUCCAACUCUUUUCUCAUGGGGAAAUGAAAGUUUCCGUGACAUGCUAGCAGAACUGAAUUCAGGUCGCUUAUGUAGCACAAUUGUUAAAGAGGACUAAUAUGCUCCAACCCCAAAAGCUUAAAAAUGCAGCAAUACUUCGUUUUGCAUCGAUUUGUUCAAUAUUACAUUUUAUUAUCUUCUACCUACCUUUCAGCAAGUUGUUGGUUAACGGGGUUUAAAUGUUGUCCGGUUGCUCUGCAGCUAUUUUAAUUGAUAAAACUGGUGGCGAAUGUUUGAAAUUUUGGGAUGGAUCCCUUUUGUUUUUAGAUCCUGCAUUAUUGUUGCCAGUUUCUACCCAGUAACAUAGAUACAACAGCAAAACUAAUAUAAGUUACAUUCUUAUUACAAAAGCACAGCCCUAUGCAUAUUAUCAUUAAAGUGGCAUCUGUGGUAAGUCACUUAAAACAACACAAGUGACAAUUUACAAUUUGUUUAUGUACUUUGUUGUCCUACUAAAAACGACUGAAAAUUUCUUUGAAAAUAAAAAGUAAAGGUAGCAUAGAAGGGAGCAGUCUGGCCCUCCAGAAAA